AUGGGAAACAUCAACAUUUUGUCUAGUUCUCUUCCACAGAUACCACCGGCCUUUGAUGCGACACCGUUAUCAUUAAUUGAAGAAGCCAAAGCUCUCAUUGACCAUACCCGUACUGUCUGGGAUGAGGUCGCUCUAAACGUACAACCUAACCAUGCGACGUUCGAGAACACCAUCAUACCUAUUAUUACCGAUGAAAACCAGAAAUAUACCAGAUUGAGAAUUCUCAGGUUCUACAGCUCUACAUCACCAUGCAAAGAGCUACGAGAUGCAUCUAAUUCUGCUACCUCAAUGUUCAAUGAUGCUGAUGUGGAAUUGUACUCUCGAGUGGACAUAUAUCACCUAGUUAGUGCAGUAUUGGAUGGCAUUCAUCAAGAACGGAAAGACUUGGACGAUGAGUCUAUUUAUUACGUCGACAAAUUACACCGUAAGCUUAGGCAAAAUCGCUGCGGAAUUACCGACGUGGGAAAAAAGAAAGCUUUCGAGCGAGCUCAGAAGAGGAUUCAAGAGCUAGUAACACAAUGCACCUCAAACUUUCAUGAAGAUAACUCUGGCAUCUGGCUUUCCAUUAAAGAGCUUGCAGGCAUACCCGAAAGGAUUCUGGCUCAGCUCAAGCAAGGCGAAGGCGACCAUGAGGGCCAAGUCUGGGUGAAGACCAAGGUUCCACAUCCGUUCAAGAUCAUCUCACAUGCGAAGUCGGAAGACACUCGCAGAAAAGUGUACUACACGAUGAAAAAUAGGUUACCACAAAAUAUACCUUUGUUUCGCCAGCUGGUUCUCUGCCGAGACGAAGUCGCUAGAUUAUUAGAGUACCCAAACUACUUAGCUUACAAGACAGCUGAUAAGAUGGCCCGAACACCCGAAAAAGUCAUUACUAUUCUAGAUGAAAUUAGACAUAGAAUUCAUCCACACGCUGUCAAGGCCGCCGAUGAGUUACUGGAUUUAAAAAUUAAAGACGCUAUUGCAAGAGGAGAGACUGCAGAGGAUCAGAAACUUUUCCUCUGGGAUGAAAGCUUUUACGCAAGAAUACAACUACAAAAAGAAUCAGAAAUCCGGUCGACAAUAUCAGAAUAUUUCGAACUAUAUCACACAUUGGAUAAACUAUCAGAGCUUCUCGGACACAUAUUUGAUACUCGGUUUGAGCUCAUUACUCCUGAACAGCAGUCUGUGCUAGGAGAUGGAAAGCCCCUUGUCUGGCAUAACGAUGUUUUGAUGUACGCUGUUUGGGACACUAGAAAACCAGGCGAAUUCCUUGGUUAUGCUUAUUUCGACCUCUUUCCUCGCGAGGGAAAAUAUGGACACGGCGGAAGUUAUGCGACGCAAUGGGGAUUUACUAAGCCAGACGGCAGACGGUUCUAUCCUUCUUGUGCCCUGGUAAUGAACUACACGAAGUUGGACUCAAAGCCAGUUUUGCUAAGCUUAGUGGACGUCCGAAAGCUCUUUCAUGAGCUUGGACACCUUCAUCAUUCGUUAUGCACUAAAGUUAAAUACGCAACAUUAUCCUACAUUGAUAGGGAUUUUGUGGAGGCGCCAAGUCUUAUGUUUGAACAGUUCUUUUGGAAGCCCGACAUAUCAAAGACCUCUCUUACCACUACUCUUAUCUUUCUCCAGACUACAAGUCUGCGUGGCUUCAGGAGAAUAAGACUAGGGAGGAACAGCUACCUGCGCAGCUGA